GCCUUCCCGCUGGCGUCGCAGCCUCCAGUGCCACCGCUGCCUCCGCCAUGCCCAACAUCAUGCUCCUCAGUGGCAGCUCCCACCAGGACCUGUCCCAGUAUGUGGCCGGCUGCCUGGGCCUGGAGCUGGGCAAGGUGGUCACUGAGAAGUUCAGCAACCAGGAGACCAGCGUCGAGAUCGGUGAGAGCGUGUGAGGGGCGAAGAUGUCUCUAUCAUCCAGAGUGGCUGUGGGGAAGUCAACGACAACCUCCUGGAGCUUCUCAUCAUGAACAAUGCCUGUAAGAUCGCGUCACCUUCCAGGGUGACUGCCGUGAUCCUGUGUUUUCCGUAUGCCCGACAAGACAAAAAGGACAAGGGCCGCGCUCCGAUUUCUGCGAAACUUGCGGCCAAUAUGCUGUCAGUGGCUGGGGCAGAUCACAUCAUCACCAUGGACCUGCACGCCUCUCACCUCCAGGGAUUCUCUGACAUCCCAGUGGAUAAUUUGUACGCAGAGCCCGUGGUCCUGCAGUGGAUCCGGGAGAACACUGCCGAGUGGGACCAUUGUAUCAUAGUUUCACCUGACGCCGGGGAAGCCACGAGGGUCACCUCGAUUGCGGACAGGCUGAAUGUGGAAUUUGCCCUGAUUCACAAAGAGAGGAAGAAAGCAAACAAAGUGGACCGGAUGGUUCCGGUGGGCGACGUGAAGGACCGCGUGGCCAUCCUCGUGGACGACAUGGCUGACACGUGUGGCACCAUCUGCCAUGCCGCGGACAAGCUACUCUCAGCUGGAGCCACCAAAGUUUAUGCUGUCCUCACACACGGGAUCUUCUCUGGGCCAGCUAUUUCCAGAAUAAAUAAUGUCGCCUUUAAGGCUGUUGUGGUCACAAACACUAUUCCACAGGAGGACAAAAUGAGACACUGUCCCCAGAUUCAGGUUAUUGAUAUCUCGAUGAUCUUGGCAGAGGUGAUCUGAAGAACACGCAACGCUGAAUCUGUGUCUUACCUGUUCAGCCAUGGUCGCUAUAGAUCCCGGACGUGGGUAUUUUGAGGCCACAAUUUUCAAGUACAUAUAAUUCCACUGUGGAAGUUCAUAGUUUAUAUAUUUUGAGGUUCCCAAAGGUGACUUCAGAUUGAAACCUUCUGUGUAAAUAAUGAUAGUGCCUAUGGACAUU